AUCUAAAAAAUCUUGCUUUUACGUCGUCUUUUUUUUUUUUAUGUUUUUACUAAGCGCCGCAGGACCUAAUACAACAUCAAGGUGCCAGCAAGAAGAGGGUCCUCCCUCUUACAAAUCUAGCCCUCUGUCCUCUUUUCCAGCUUUCCGAAUUUCCCCCCCAUUGCAGUCGAUUGUCGUUCUUCCACAGCAUUUCUCGCAAUGGCGCCCUCGGUUGUUAUGAUAGAUACCUCAGACGACUUCUCCUUCGCAGCCCCAGUGGCGGCGACUGAGAAGAAGCGCACGCUGCUCCUCGCACCGCCGUCUCUCGCCUCUCAUCCUACGGCGCUUACCAACGUGCUCUCGCAACAUGAUCGUUCCACGACCGACCUCCAGAUGAUCGACCGGCUGUCCGCCGGGCUCGUCAAUCUCCCCUCCGCAACAUACGAUCUCGUCUUAGUCCUCGCCGACGCAUCUUCUUCUCUAAACGAAGUCUUCCCGCUCUUGACUCGAAACAUCCUCGGCCCCGUCGCAGAGUCGCUCAAACCCAAGGGACGACUGCAGUCGCAGAACGGCUCAGAGCUGGCACAGAAUGCUGCGCUGGCAAAGGAGGCCGUCUUGGCAGGAUUGGUGGCCUCCAACGGAGGAUUUGACAAGCCCGACUAUGGAGACAACGAAGGCGUCGUCUCUCUCAAGCUGGGCAGCAAGAAGAAGAAGUUGGCUGUUGCAGCUGCGCCCACACAAACACUCGAGGUCAAGCCUGCCGUCCCUGCUGGCGUUGGCUUUGUCGACUUCUCUGACGAUCUUGAUGCCGAUUACGAUGACGAUGAUCUCAUCGACGAGGACACUCUCAUGACGGAAGAUGAUCUCAAGCGGCCUAUCAACAUCCCUCCUGAAUGCCAGCCUAAGGCUGGUAAGCGACGCCGCGCUUGUAAGGAUUGCAGCUGCGGUCUCGCCGAACGCCUCGCCGCCGAAGACGAGGCCAAGCGUGCUGCCGCCGACGAGAAACUCAAGAGCGUCAAGCUCGCCGUUGAUGACCUCGCCGAGAUCGAUUUCACCGUGCAGGGCAAAGUUGGCUCCUGCGGCAACUGCGCUCUGGGCGAUGCUUUCCGCUGUGACGGAUGCCCUUAUGUCGGACUGCCGCCGUUUAAGCCUGGUGAAGAAGUCAGGCUGUUGAACAAUGAGAUCCAGCUGUGAAGCUAGUUCAUUUACGUUGUGAUUGGGUUUCUGUUAUCAUGAUUAUGGGCGAAUUACUGUUAUUGUCAUUGGGUGAAUUGCAUAUUGGAGUCGGGGGGCUUUUUAGGACAUCUGCCAUUAUUUGGCUGGAUACGGGUUAACGAUAUUAGAGGGGACAGUGAAUCCAAAGGGUCGCUGAAAAUAGCGGGCUAGAAGGCCCUUUCUCGUCCCCUCUGCACGGCGUUUAUUGACGAGGGCACU